UAGCAAUAGAUCAGUGAUAUGCACAUUGAAAACGACAAUGGACGUAACUGCUCGUUAUUCUAAAAUUGACUACGUAAACAAUACAACUCCUGAUCAUACAGAUUUCCGGAGGGUCUAUGGCGAAGACCACGACCCGCCAUACGAAGACCCACUGGGAAACUUUAUGAACAUGGACAAGACUAGGAAAGAUCCACCAUAUAACGGAAUGCUCGUGACCUUGCAGCAAGUUUUAUAGCAAUAGAUCAGUGAUAUGCACAUUAAAAACGACAAUGGACGUAACUGCUCGUUAUUCUAAAAUUGACUACGUAAACAAUACAACUCCUGAUUAUACAGAUUUCCGGAGGUACUAUGGCGAAGACCACGACCCGCCAUACGAAGACCUACUAGGAACCUUUAUGAACAUGGACAAGACUAGGAAAGAUCCACCAUAUAACGGAAUGCUCGUGACCUUGCAGCAAGGAGGCACGAACAAAUCUAUCGAAGAACUUUCGAAAUCGUUUGGCAAUAAUACCUGCGGCAUCUUUUUCGUAUACCCGUGGACGGAACAAGGCAUGUACAUGGAACUUCGUGUGAAAACGUCGAUGGUUGGAAGCGUAGACAAAGAUUGUAUGAGCGAAUAUCUUAAGGUAACGCUAAACUCCACUGUUACAACGCUGAAUAACAAAACCUGUCUACAGGCUCGCCAAGGUUGAAAUGAGAUUUUGCUUAGAGCCACAAAAUUGACAGCACAGUAAUCAACAACAUAAACAUAGCCAUGUCUUGGUACAUGUGCUAAAUUUUUACAAAGGUGAAUGUCAACAAUGUUCUAUAAACACAGCAGUGAACCAAUAAACGUUAUGC